AUGAAGUCGUUUUCCAGUUCUGCAAUCAAUAAAACCGGCAAGAAAUUCGCCCCGAAGGCGCCUAUCCGCCGUGCGCCCGCCGCCGCGCCCGCGAGACGACCUAGUGUUGUUCAGCAGUCGCCAGCCGAACCUGUUCAGGAAAACAAAACCAAAGAUGUAGCUGACUCUAGUGUGACGCCUUCUGCGGCUGUAGUGCCGGAACCACGGGCAGUCACAGAGGACUCACCCGCAUCAGUUGCUGCGCCUACCACAGAACAAACACCCAUUGCUUUGGACACCACAGCUGCUCCCCCGAUUGCUGCUCAUGUUAGUGCUGUCACCACUACCAUCGCUACAGAGAUCGUCACACCUACCGCGACACUCAUCGCCAAGCCGACUCCGAUCCCCAAGCCGACUACAAUCUCGAAACCCACUCCGAUCCGCAAGCCAAUUGCCAUCUCGAAGCCAACUCCUAUCCCAAAGCCGGCUGCGAACCCUCAUCCACAGAAAGGCGAUGCCUCUACCUCUAUCUCACAACCCACGCCUGUCUUAACCGCCCCGCCUACCCCUCCUUCCACUCAACCCACCCCAUCUCCCGCCAAUGUCCCGACCAGUGAGGCUCAACCCACACCCUCCGAGGAGCAUGGGCCCGAGAAGGCUCUUUUAGAAUACGCCAGGAUUGAAACAGCGCGGGCCGCAGAAAACCUCGUCGAUUCAACCGAAGCUCUACCUCAAUCUCAACCUGAAACCGACCAAACUGCCCCAACCGAGGAUCGACCAGCAAAACGCGCUCGAACUUCAUCAACUACAUCUAUUGCGGCCCCACCUCGGAAGAAGUCUGUAUCCGUAGCGGCAAGCCGUCGAGGCUCCCAGUCAAUUGUGCCUACAAUCGAAGAUGCAAGCGCAACGCCCGGUGAAUCCAACCUUUCGACUCCAGAUCCAUUAAAGCCAAAGAAACGAAAGUACUCCAAGGCCGGUACAUCGGAUCCUGAGGGUAGCGAGAAACCAAAGCGUACCCGCAAGAAGCGCGAACCCACCCCGGAAGGCGCAGAGACUGUGGAAAUCUUGCCGAAUGUUGUGAAAAUGUCAGAGCUUUGCAAAGAUCUCCGCACUGGAAAGAAGUCCAAGCGCGAGACAGAGCUGCGCAAGAUUGAUCAGGCUGAAGAAGAACGGAAAAAGCAGGGCGGAACCCCUGGGCCAGGAACACCCGUUAAGCAAACCGAGGCUGAACAGGAGAAAGCCGAACAACCGGUCGAUUGGAAACCCCAAAAUGGCCCCAUUAUGCGAAUCGUUAACGGCGAGAUCGUGCUGGAUAAUACGUCCCUGCAGGUCGAUCGUCACGCGGAUGCCGCCCGAGCCGCCGGCGACCUCGAAGAUGUGGUGGAAAGCUCGUUCACCCGAAAGAUCAAUCAGGCCUCGUACGGCAAGCGUACAAAGACUGAAGCAUGGGAUGAAGAGAUGACAGAUCUGUUUUAUCGUGGGCUGCGCAUGUUCGGUACCGAUUUCAUGGUUAUCAGCAAAAUGUUCCCGGGCCGGUCUCGUCGUCAGAUCAAGUUGAAGUUCAAUAAUGAAGAGCGCCGUGAUCCACAACGAAUCAAGGACACCUUGAUGGGCCCGUCUGAGACCAUCGACAUUGCAACCUACUCAGAGAUGACGAACACUGUCUACGAUGAUCCCAAGGUUGUUCAGCAAGAACUUGACGAUGAAAAGAAGCGGAUUGAGGACCAGCAUGCCAAGGAGAAGGAGAUGCAAGAGGACAUGCUGCGCAACCCAACUGGGGAUUCCAAUGAUGCCAAGGAUGCCAAGACGGUUGUCAAGAAGUCUCGCAAGAAGGUGGGAUUGAAAAACCAGGGAGGCGGAACAGAGGAGGUUCUGGGAUCGAUCGAUGACUUUCCCACGGCUUAA